GGACGGACGGAAGGCAACCCGAGAGCCAGUCUCCGGUGCCGCGCCGUGGGCGAGAUGCCGGGGCCCCCGCCGUUGCUGCUGCUGCUCCUGGCCGCUGGCAGUGCCGGGGCCGCGCCACUUCCGCAAACAGGUGCAGGUGAGCGGGCACCUGCUGCAGAAAUUUCCUCAUCUUUUGUGAUCCUGUCUGUGUGCAGUUUAAUGAUAUUAAUAGUGUUAAUUGCAAACUGUGUAUCCUGCUGUAAGGACCCAGAAAUAGACUUUAAGGAAUUUGAAGAUAAUUUUGAUGAUGAGAUUGAUUUCACACCACCAGCAGAAGAUACUCCCUCUGUUCAGUCCCCAGCAGAAGUUUUCACACUUUCAGUACCAAAUAUUUCACUACCAGCUCCAUCACAAUUCCAGCCUUCUGGAGAAGGUUUGAAGUCUCAAGUUGCCCGCCACAGUCUAAACUAUAUACAGGAAAUUGGAAAUGGCUGGUUUGGAAAGGUGCUCCUUGGAGAGAUCUACACAGGCACUAGUGUAGUGAGAGUAAUAGUGAAGGAGUUAAAAGCAAGUGCGAGCCCAAAGGAACACGAUACUUUUUUGAAAAAUGGAGAACCAUACUAUAUUCUUCAACAUCCAAAUAUUCUUCAGUGUGUUGGACAGUGUGUAGAAGCAAUCCCCUAUCUUCUGGUGUUUGAGUUCUGUGACUUGGGCGAUCUGAAGGCUUACCUGCGUGGUGGCGAGCCCGAGCCGGCGCGGGGGGACGCGCAGACCAUGCUGCUGCAGAGGCUGGCGUGCGAGAUCGCGGCGGGGCUGGCGGCCAUGCACAAGCGGCACUUCCUGCACAGUGAUUUAGCCCUGCGGAAUUGUUUUCUUACCUCGGACUUAAAUGUGAAAGUGGGAGAUUAUGGAAUAGGAUUCAGCAGGUACAAGGAGGAUUAUAUUGAAACAGAUGAUAAAAAAUUUUUCCCUCUGCGAUGGACUGCUCCAGAAUUAGUAACCAGCUUUCAAGACAGACUACUAACUGCAGAUCAAACUAAGUAUAGUAAUAUCUGGUCCCUGGGUGUGACACUUUGGGAGCUUUUUGAGAAUGCCACUCAGCCUUAUUCCAACCUUUCCAACUUAGAGGUUCUCAACCAGGUCAUUCGAGAGAGAGACACAAAACUCCCAAAGCCCCAGCUGGAGCAGCCUUACUCUGACAGAUGGUAUGAAGUCUUACAGUUCUGCUGGCUGUCACCAGACAGGAGGCCGGCGGCCGAGGACGUGCACAGACUGCUCACCUACCUGCGGAUGCAAAGCCAGAGGGACCCGGAAGUCGACUUUGAGCAGCAGUGGAACGCACUCAAGCCAAACACAAACAGCAGAGAUGCUGCAAGUAACGCCGCCUUCCCCAUCCUCGACCACUUCGCCAGGGACCGGCUUGGUCGUGAGAUGGAGGAGGUCCUCACCGUGACCGAAACCAGCCAGGGCCUGAGCUUCGAGUAUGUCUGGGAGGCAGCCAAGCACGACCCCUUCGAGGAGCGCAGCCGGGGCCCCCCAGACGAAGCCGUGUCCUACACCGGCAUCUUCUUUGCCACCGAAGCGUUUGAGAGUCCGCUCUCAGAUCCCGGGCCCGGGAAGCAAGAUGACAGUGGCCAGGACGUCCCCCUGCGGGCCCCCGGAGUAGUGCCCGUCUUUGAUGCCCACAACCUUUCUGUCGGAAGCGACUAUUACAUCCAAUUAGAAGAAAAAAGCGGUAGCAACUUGGAGCUGGAUUACCCACCUGCACUGCUCACAACGGAAAUGGAUAAUCCAGAAAGGGUCGGUGACACAGCAUCCCAGCCUCUGACCCUCAGGAAUGUCGAAUUUGAGGAGUCCAGUACAGAUGAGGAUUUCUUCCAGAACACUACAGACCCCAAGGAUGCCAGGGUACCCGAGGAUGUGCAUGUUACCAAGGGCCCCGAGAGCCCUUUCGACAGUAUAUUUAGUGAUCUUGACAAAUCAGAGGCUUUGCCCAGUCACCAAAAAAUAUUUGACUUAAUGGAACUAAAUGGAGUCCAAGCCGACUUUAAGCCGACCACCUUAAGCUCAAGUUUGGAUGACCCCAGAGAGUCAGUAAUUACAUGCCACUUGAAGAAAGAAAAGCCCCGUAAGCUUUUUGGCUGUGAGCCUCUUUGCUCAUCAGAAAACCUCGUGCACCAAGAUGGUUUCGAUCAGCUGGAUGUUGAAGAAUUGUCAGAAAACUUUUUAUUUCUUCAAGAGAAGAACUUACUGAAAGACUCCUUGUCCGGCAAAGAACAUAUAAAUGAUCUUCAAACAGAACUCAGAAAUGCUGGUUUUCCUGAAACCAUAUUAGAAAGUCCGAGUAGAAACUCUCUAGAUGCUGAGUUUAAGUUUGCUGAAAAUAAACCAGGCUCUUCUUUGCUGCAGGAAAACGUCAGUGUGCAGGGCAGAGGCCCGGGCGUGGUGCCCAAGGACGGCACUUGGGACGUGGCCUCGCCGCCUUGCCCGCAGGCGCAGGUACCUCCUACCUCGCUCGAAACAGAGGGGCCGCCUCACAGUGUCCCUCCAGGCAUGUCCCUGAAGCAGGGCGGAGCCAAGCCCAUGUGUUUGGAUGUCGGUGUCCGUGAAGACGGUAUCUGCCGAGAGGUAAACCCAGACUCCACACCCGCCCCACUGCACACACCUCCCACCGGCGACAGGUCCCAAGACCUGACUCCCCAGAGGGAGGGGGCCUUGAGACUGACCCAGAGCGACUCAGGCCUUGUCCACAGCACUUUGGCCAGUAAGGUGAGCAUAGGGAACAGCCUUCCAGAACUGAGGCAGAACUUACAAAGUCAACCACCUUUGGAAGACCACUGCCGUCAAGGCCUGCCCGAGAGAGCCUUGGAGGCCGUGGAUGCUCUGAGUCAGCUGGGCUGUAAAGAUGCUGCUACAGAGGAGCGGGGCUUGGUGUCUGCCCUCUCCUUGGACUCUGCCAGUCAGGACAGCCUUCUAGAGGACAGCUUGUCGACGCCCAUCCCGACUUCGGAGCAGUCCGUGGAGGCCCCAGGCUCCCUGGACUCGGUGGAUGUCCGUGAGGUUUUACUGGAUUCCUUAGGCCCUCACACGCCACAGAGACUCUUGCCCCCCGAUAAGCCUGCGGACAGUGGCUACGAGACGGAGAACCUGGAGUCCCCCGAGUGGACGCUGCACCCGGCCCCCGACGGUGCCAUAGCCCCCGACACAGGCUCGGCGGGCGACGGCGUUCGCGGGGGGCCACCUCCCAACCCCGUCAUCGUCGUCUCAGACGCAGCCGAUGGCCACAGGGGUGCAGAGGUCACCUCUCAGACUUCUGCCCCUGGCUGCCAGGGCUCGUACCGAGACUCCGCUUACUUCUCAGACAAUGACUCUGAGCCCGAUAAGAAGUCGGAGGGCGUCCCGGGAGCCUCAGCAUCGGCCUUGGGAGCGGACCAGCCCCUGCCUGAGCCAGGCGCCCCAGAGCAGAGUCCCAGCCCCCCGGACGGCUGCCUGGAAACCAGCAGCAGCCAGCCUGGCCAAAGGUGUCCCCUUGCUCAGCAGAACGCCAGUCACCUGGAAUCAAGAGAAGUGGCAGAACCAGCACCCGCUGGCGCUUCCAGACAGUUGCAUCCCCCCGACGAUGGUGAGGCUGGCAGCCCCUCAAGUCUGCUGAACUCGGAGCUCAGCAGCGGGGAUGACCUCGAGGCCCAGGAGGAGCCCCCCUGCACGCUGGCUUCCACUGGAACCAACACCAACGAACUCCUGGCGUUUGCAGAUGCCCCCCUCCGCUCUGGCGGCCCAGCAGCCCCGAUGGUGGAGAAGGCCUUGCGUGGCCACUCCGAGGGCCCCAAGCUGAAGGAGCCAGACGUCGAAGGGAAGUACCUGGGGAAACUCGGUGUGCCAGGGGUGCUCGACCUCACCGAGGACGGAAUCGACGCGGACGAGGAGGACGAGAACAGCGACGACUCGGACGAGGACCUGCGGGCCUUCACCCUGCACAGCCUCAGCUCCGAGUCGGAGGACGAGGUGGAGCACAUAGUGCCUGUGGUCCUCAGCCGUGAGGACGGCCGCCACCUGCGGAGCCUGCUGAAGCCCUCAGCCUCCGCGGACCAGCCGCCCGACGACUGGAAGAAAGAGAAGAAGGCGGUGACGUUUUUCGAUGACGUCACAGUCUAUCUCUUUGACCAGGAGACCCCGACCAAAGAGCUGGGCCGCUGCGGAAGAGAGGCAUGCGGGCCGGGGCUCAGCAGCCCCGCACCGUCGUCAGGCUCCCCCUACCCGAGCAGGUGCAUGAAUUCCGAAAGUUCCACUGAUGAAGAAGGUGGAGGCUUUGAAUGGGACGAUGACUUCUCCCCGGACCCUUUUAUGUCAAAGACAACGAGUCACCUCCUCCGCUCCACGCCUUCCCUUCAGACAUCCAAGUACUUCUCGCCGCCGCCGCCGCCCCGGAGCACGGAGCCCAGCUGGCCUCACGGGGCGCCCUACUCCAGGUUCUCCAUCACGCCCGCCAGCAUCGCCAGCUUCUCUCUCACGCACCUCACAGACUCGGACAUGGAGCAGGGAGGAAGCAGCGAAGACGGGGAGAAAGAUUAG